GUGGUUCCAUUGAUUUUCAACGGAAUUCCAAUGCAGCCAAUGAGAAAAUAUCCUUGGAUUGUUUUAGUGGCAGCAGAAGGUACAGUCUGCUCUGGAGCCUUGAUUUCAUCAAAUUUUGUUUUAACUGCAGCACACUGUGUUGUCACAUAUAAUUUUCCACCGAAUUGGAAUUUUCAACCCAUGAACAUACCGUACGGGACGCCUUUAUAUCGUCUUAGAGAGCCGUAUGAAAUGAUCGUCAAAAUGCUCCCAGCAGGAAAAGGUCUAGGAGAAUCAAAUUUCACUGUAUCCAAAAUAAUUCCCCACCCAUAUUAUCCCAUUCAUGGGCAGUUUGUACCAGGAAUGUACGACAUUGCGCUCCUGCAGCUGAGCGAAGAAAUACUCUGUGGGAUUUCGUAUCCUGUUCCGAUUUGUUUGCAUCGUCCGGGUAUGCAGGAUGCACUUGGAAAGAUUUUCAUUGCCGGUUUCGGACGCCAGAAUGAAACUCAAAUAGAGUCUACAAAGUAA